CUCAGUCCUCUAUCCAUCUGAGAAGAUAGCAGAUCUUUUCUGAGCUCACUCAACAGCCAACUGUUAUUAUUGCUUUAAAAUAUAUCUUUCUGAAGUAAAAAGAGGCUUAUUUUAAUAUAGUUUUGCCUGGUAUCAUUACAUUCAAUGGAUAUUUUGAAAUUCCAGCUGGUAAUAGUUACCCUGUAUACCCUGGUGUAUACAUGUCAGGGAUUGUCGUUUAGUGUUGACAAGGAACACUGGGUAUCCAAAGACUGGCAGGAUGAGCCACUGGAAGAGAGGUUGGCCAGCCAAGUGGCUAGUAUGAUAAAGAGAUCCAAAGCCCAUCAGUUCUACGGGCUCAUGGGCAAACGCUCAGACGUUCAGCAGCAGCCUAUUAGAGUGGAUAGAAGACGAAAUAAAGGGGAUAUGUUUGUUGGACUUAUGGGAAGAAGAUCACCAAGUGGGGAAUCGUUCACGAGGAUCAUUCCAGAUGCUCCAAGCACUGCGAUCGAUGUUGCUGAGGGGUCAGACACACAACCAGAUUCACAAAAGGAAUGGGACCAACUCCAGUAUUACUAAAGCUAGAAAAAAAUAUUUGUUUUCAUGACCUAUACAAUUUUGAUAUCGACU